UCGUAUAUAAACGCGCCGCGUCGAACCUCGCUAUUAUUUCCACCUUAGUGCUCGGAUAACAACAACCAUGUCGUACAAUAGACUGUUGAGCUUCAUUUGCCUGCUGGUCAGCUCGCAGCAGCUGAGCCUAGUCAGCGCAUCCGGCACCUACUCGCACAGUGGCCCUCACUACUCCGUCACCAAAUACUCCGAACAACACCCGUCCCCGGCCUACGAAUACAAACCAGCCCCAGGAUUCCCAGCCGGCCACGGCCAAUCUGCCUCCUACCACGCACCAGCCCCUAGCCCAGCUCCGGCAUACCAUGCCCCAGCUCCGGCAUACCAUGCUCCGGCCCCGGCAUACCAUGCCCCUGCCCCAGCAUACCAUGCCCCAGCUCCGGUAUACCACGCCCCCGCUCCAGUAUACCAUGCCCCAGCUCCGGCAUACCAUGCCCCAGCUCCAGCAUACCACGCCCCCGCUCCAGUAUACCAUGCCCCUGCUCCGGUAUACCACGCCCCAGCUCCAUCAUACUCAGCUCCCAGCUACAAGCCUUCCUACUCCCCAGCCCCAUCCUACUCCCAGGUAGCCUCCAGCUACGGCUCCUCCAGCUACGGAUCCUACGACAGUGGAAAGGAUAACGCUUACAACCUCCACUCCGCCACCAAGUCCUACGCCCCCGCCUACCAAGCCGGUGGCUACAAGCAAUCCUACGGAGGCAGCUCCUACCAAUCCGGCUACUCCUCCGGCUACAAAGUGAGCCAGCCAUCAUACGAGUCCUACAGCGCACCCAAGAUCCAAUACGGUUUCAAGCCAGUUUCCUCCGGCUACGGACAAUCUUACGGUGCCGCCCAGUCUAGCUACGGCGGCUCAUACGGCCAGGCCCAACAAUCUUACGGCAGCUCCGGCUCCUCUUACUCCGCCCCGUCUUACGGCUCCAGCUACGGUUACAGCCAACAAUCCGCCGCCCCCAGCUACGGUGGUUCAUACGGAAGCUCCUACAGCAGCCAGUCUGUGAGCGCCCCAGCUUCAUACGGCAGCAGCUACGGCGGUAGCAGCUACGGAAAGGAAGCCGCCUACAGCAGCAGCAGCUACGGAAAGGAAUCCGCCUCCUACGGACACGGUAGCUCCUACGGAAGUGGAUCCUCCUACGGAAGCGGAUCCUCCUACGGAAGCGGAUCGUCCUCCGGACACGGAUCUUCCUACUCAUCUGUCUCCUCCUCUCCUUCAUACUCCUCCCACGGAUCUUCCUACGGAUCUGCCUCCUACUCGGCACCCGCCUACCCUGUCGCCACCUACGCUCCAUCCUACUCUGCCCCUAGCCACUCUUCUAGCUCAUACUCAUCCGGCGCCUCCUACUCUGCCCCGUCCAGCGGCUACUCAUCCGGCGCCUCCUACUCCGCCCCCGCCAGCGGCUACUCUUCUGGCGCCUCCUACUCCGCUCCAUCCAGCGGCUACUCUUCAGGCUCCUCUUCCUCUAGCUACUCUUCCGGUGCUUCCUACGGAGGUUCCUACGGAGGCUCCAGCUACAAGGAGUCGUCCUACCAGGAGGUCUACCCCGACUCCCACCCAUCCUACAAGUUCGUCUACCACGUGAACGACCCCCACACGUACGACAUCAAGAGCCAGGAGGAAUCCAGGGACGGCGACCACGUUCAGGGAUACUACAGUCUAGUCGAGCCCGACGGCAGCAAGAGGACCGUCGAGUACUCCGUCCAGGGCAAGAGCGGCUUCGUCGCCCACGUUAAGAAGGAAGGCCACAACAGCCAUCCCGCAGGAAAGUCUUCUUACUAAGUUACCAUUUUAGAAUCCUCUCUCACCAUGCGCUUACCAACUAUUGUCUAGUCUUAAGAUUUGUAAAUAUUGAACCGACCAAUGAAAAUUUAGAAAGAAACAAAUUAAAAAAGAGAAAAAAUUGAAAACUCGAA